CUUACAAAGAACUUUCUCUUCAGUUCAUCACAUUUUAGGCUAGUUUAUAGGUUAGCAAACUCUGCUCUGUUUAAUUUUGUAUUGCUUGAAAUUUAUCUAUUUAUACACAAACUUUCACCUUCGAUAGUUUUCUAUAGAUAUUUUCCACUUCAAUUUGAAGAUGGCAACUUGUGACAGCAGUAAAAUGAAUGAACUGGAUAUGGAACUGGACAAGCGUGCCCUGAAAGCACUAAAACUGAUGAAUGAACUGAUCGCAUCCAAACUGGAACUGGAGAAAUCGGUGAAAGCUGGUAGUUUGGAUUUGGCCAAGGCGCGCUACAUAAUGGGCAACCGUAAUGUGUCUGCGCUGCAACUACCAACUCCCGGCGAAGGCGCCGAUGUUGCUCCCCUCGUUACAGUUCACAGGGCACAGACGUUUCAAGAUUCCAACAACGACUCCUCAAUGGAAAACACCAUCUCACUGCAACUAGAACGGGUCACGCUGACGACUCCGUCACCCGACGAGAGGGCGCGACGAUCCUCGCAGGCAGCCCUGAAGAAACGCACCACCGAAGGCCGCGACGCCGACGAACAGAGACCUCUUUUAGACGAGGAUGACGACGAGGAUAAGUCUGUCAGCAGUCCAAGACCCGAUCAAGCCAUCCAAGACCCCAUCAAGUGGUUCGGCGUUCUGGUGCCGCAGAACUUGAGGCAAGGCCAGGCGCGAUUCAAGCAGGCGUUGGACCUCGUGGUGCAUACUGCCAAUAUACAGUUGGAGCUGCAUGCUACUGUCACACAGUUCAGGAAACUGUUGGAUACUAAACGUAGUAUGCAGUCCAAUUUGAUACAGCUAGAUACUGAACAACCAGUUGUCGCUUAGCGUUGAUACAAAAAUUAUAAUUAAUCAGCCCCAACAUACAGUUAAGUUGGAGCUGCAUGCCUCUUUCAUACAGUUCAGUGGAGCUGCAUGCCACUUUCAUACAGUUCAGGAAACUGUUAGACACUAAACGUAGCAUGCGGUCGAAUUUGAUACAGCUAGAUACAGAACAACCAGUUGUCGCCCAGCGUUGAUACAAAAAUUACAAUUAAUCAGACCCAACAUACAGUUGAGUUGGAGCUGCAUGCCACUUUCAUACAGUUCAGGAAACUGUUAGACACUAAACGUAGUAUACAGUCCAAUUUGAUACAGCUAGAUACUGAACAACCAGUUGUUGCUUAGCGUUGAUACA